GAAAAUAAUUAAUGAAGUGCAUAUAUUACUUUAUAUAUGCAUCCAUCCAGGAGUUUAUAAUUACACGGAUAACAAAGCAGGAUAGAAAUGCAUAAUUUAUGAAUCCACCAUAUUCUCAUUAAAUCACAUUAUCUUGACUUCCAAUGAUACUCAAUUUUAUGUAAUAUUUUUUUAUUGCAUUUUUAAUACCCAUCCAUGUGUAUAUAAGAACUGAAGAAACAUCGAAAGACACAUUUUUCCUUAAGAUUCGAAGUGUUGUAAGAGGUUGGUGACAUAGUGAAACAAGUGAUUCGUCGAAUUUAUACCAAACAAGUUUAAAAUUGAAAAUACACAAUGACUACUUACACUACGCCUAUUAUAAACCCCGAAAUUUUAAAAAUCUAUUGUUUUUGGGGUAGUAUACUUGCUUUAAAGUUACUGGCAAUGGUACCAUUAACGGCACGACAAAGAUAUGCAAAAAAGGUAUUUAUGACCGAAGAAGAUGCAAAAUGGUUAAAAAAUUCAAAAGUUGUUUACAAUGAUCCAGAUGUUGAACGUGUACGUAGAGCACACUUGAAUGAUUUAGAAAAUAUUCCUGUGUGGUAUAUAGUAACGCUCCUUUGGCUCACUACUGGACCUUCUACAUGGUUAGCUGGGACUUUAAUUAGAACUUUUGUGAUUGCUAGAAUUAUUCAUACAAUAUCGUAUACUAUUCUUCAGAAACAGCCACAUAGAGCACUAGCAUUUUUUGUAGGCAUAUUUGUCACUGUUUAUGAAAUAAUUAGUACUAUAAUAUUUUACUUGUAAUAUGAAGGAUUAUUCUGAAAUCAUAUUUUUGUUAUUUCAUAUAUAAAUACGUUACUUAUCAUUUUUACUGAUUUCAAUGCAUGCUUGUAGAAAUUUAUAUAAAUUAAAAGUAAAUUGAUAAAAGUUAUGCACAAUAAAAAUCAUGGUGUAAGGUUAUUUAGUCCUAUUAAUGCAUUAUUAGUACGAUAAGCAAUGGAUUCAAAGUACAAAGCUUUAUACAGCUUCAUUAUGUAUAUUUGUCUUAAUCACUUGUAUAUCUAAAUAAACUGUCAAUAAAACUAACAUUUUAGAUUUA